AUGGGUGGUUCCCUGGGGGACCCCCCCCCCACCGGUGCCAUUGCCUACCGACUAGCGCCCCUGUUCUUCACUCACAUAAACCAGGCCCUGCUCACCACCCUGCCCUUUGCGGUCGCCGUCUACAUGGUGCGCGACUUUGAGGCCGCCAGGAGCGGGGGCGCCGCCGUCAGCGAGCAGGCGGUGGGGCGCGCCACGGGCCUGCUGGCCGCCGUCUUCUGCGCCGCCCAGCUGCUCACCAGCUUCCCCUGGGGCCUCGUGUCGGACCGCAUCGGCCGCAAGCCCGUGAUGGUGGUCGGCAACGUCUCCUGCGUUGUCUCUGUGCUGCUGUUUGGCCUGUCCGGCUCCUACUGGCAGGCGGUGGGGGCGCGGGCGGUGGGCGGCGCCCUCAACGCAGUCAUCCUGGUGGAAAAGGCCAUGAUCGGGGAGGGGCUGCCGUGCAACGACUCCCAGGCCAAGGCCUUUGGGCUCAUGUCGCUGUGCUGGGGCCUGGGCAGCCUGGCGGGGCCGGCCGUGGGCGGCGCGCUGUCGGCCCCCUGCAGCAGCGGGCUGCGGAUACAGGCCCUGUGCGGAGAGGGCAGCCUGCUGGUGCACAGGCCUUACUUCCUGCCCUGCCUGCUGGCGGGCGUGCUGUCAGCGAUCGCAACCAUCAUGACCAUAGUCGGCCUGGAGGAGACGCUGCCCAGCCGCCGCACCGCAGCUCCCGCACCUGGCAGAGCAGGCGGCGGCGGCGGCAAGGCGCGGUACGAGGCUGUGCCUACGGCGGACGCAGGCGAGGCGGCGGCGCCAGGAGGGCUCGGAGAGGUUGAACUGGGAGGGCUGCGGCGGCAGGACAGCAGCCAAGGCGGCGGCUUGUGGGGCGGGAGCGACGGCGGGGACGGCGGCAGCCCUGGCAAGGCGCCGUGCGGCGGCAGGGACAAGGGGCGGCCGUUCAGAGGCGACAGCGCCAGGAUCCGGGCGGCUUGGGGGCAGCCGUCGCCGCCGCCUCCUGCUCCCGGCAGCGACGCGGGCAGUGGCGCAGGCAGCAGGCGAGGCAGCAGCCGCGGCAGCCUGGGCAGCUUGGAGGCAGAUGUUGUGGUGCUGGGCCCAGGAGACUUGGAGCAGGGGCAGGAGCGGCAGGAACAGGGCAGGCUGCUGGCUGGCGGGGCCACCGCCGCAGAGGCAGCGUCGGAGGCAGCGCCGGCGCAGGCGGCGGCGCCCGCGGCAGAUCUGCCAUGGUACCGUCAGCGCACCGUGGUGCUGUCUCUACUAGGCUAUGGGCUGAUCGCCUUUGUGUUCAACAUGCUGGACGAGGUGACCCCCAUCUUUGCGUCGGCAGAGGUGUCGGAGGGCGGGCUGGGCUUCGCCCCCAGCCAGCUGGCGCCCUCGCUGUCGUUUGGCGGCCUGGUGCUGGUGUGCUGGGCGCUGCUGGGCUUCCCCUGGCUCAUGCGGCGCGUGGGCGUGGUCAAGGCGCUGCGGCUGGGCCUGUGGCAGACCGCCCCGCUGGCGCUGCUCAUCCCCGCCGCCUCGCUGUUCCGCGGAGGCGCGCUGCCUAGCCAGGCGCUCAUGCUGCUGUGCAUGGGAGCCAAGGCCGUCACCGCCACCAACGCUUUCACCUCCUGCCUCAUCCUGGUCAAUGCCUCGGCCCCCAGGGCGGCGCUGGGGGCCGUCAAUGGCACCGGCCAGUCGCUGGCCAGCUUUGUGCGGGCGCUGGGGCCCGCGCUGGGCGGCCUGAGCUGGGGGUGGAGCCACCAGCUGGCGGCGGCGGCCUGGUGGCCCGCCUGGCUGCCCCCGCAGUUCAUGCCCUUUGCCGCCGCCGCCACGGUGCUGUUUGCCACGGACGCUGUGUACCGCGGGCUGCGGCUGCCAGAUGCAGAUGAGCCGGGGGGCGGCGGCGGGCGGCGGUAA